UCCACCCCAAUCCCAGCAAUUCCGACGAGUCAACAACCCACACAACCUCCUUAAAAACCCCGCCACAGGCCAUCCAAUCCAAUCCAACCGGAGCGAUCUCUCUUCCCCCUCGGACAAACGCCAUCGGCGUACGCAUCCCCCCGGCCCCCCUCGUUCCCAUGGCCGCCUCGCGCGCCGGCGACCCGCCGGAGUCCACGCUUCUCCGCAUCGGCGACGACAUCGCCUGGUCCGAGAUCAACGGCGUCUACGACCGCGACGACUCCCUCAAGGAGAACACCAACCCCAAGUGCCUCCUCAAGAACCACCCCCACCACAACGGCUCCUCGCAGCGCUUCUCCGGCAACCUCAAGCCGACGGCCGCGCCCAUCAUCGGCCUCUCCGGGAGGCUCGGAGCCCAGGGCGGAGCCGCGCGGCGGCAGCACCACCACCCGCCGGCCAUCUUCCCCAAGACGGCCAAGACCGGCGGCGGCGGCCGCGCGCCCAAGACGGCCGUCCCGGAGCCCGGGUCGCCCAAGGUCUCCUGCAUCGGGAAGGUCCUCUCCGACCGCGAGCGCGCGCGCCUCGGCCGCCCGCCGAGGGCGCGCGGGACCUCGGGGCCGCCCGGGUGCUGCGGCGGGCUCGGGUUCUUAACGCGGCGCGGCCGGUCCAGGAACAGCGUCGUGGAGUGCGUCGACCAGUCCCCGCCGCCGCAACCUCUUCGGAGGGAGGCGAGGGAGGAGGAGGAGGAGGUGCCGGCGGCGGCGGUGCCGCCGGGGCUGGGAGGCAUGCGGCGGUUCGCGUCGGGGAGGCGGGAGGCGGAGUGGGCGGCCGAGAUGCAGGACGACGGGCACGUGGCGAGAUCUGGGCCGUUGUAGCGCGUGCAGUGGGGGUUGGUUGGUUGACGUGUGGCUUUCGGUUUGGUUGUGCCUGUGCUGUACCACAUGUAGACAUGUAGUAGAGCUGUGUACAUACUAGUACUUGUGCAAUUAGAAAUUGAGGUUUGUGUUGACAGAUUUUUUUUUGGUUGCUCUGCUGUACCAGCUUGUUCUCGUUAGCUGCGAUUUCGACUUUGGUCAUGGAGGUUGUACAGAAUUUGUUAGAAAAUUCAGAUUUGGAUCCAUUUUCCCGUCA